AUGCUUGGUGAGGUGGACGAGCUCUCCAAGUCCCAGAACGACGUGACCUCCGACAAACGCCUCCUGGCCGCGGGUCCCAGGCAGAGAACAUGUCGGACGGAGAGGAGGAGCUUGUCUGACACCGCCGUCAACGUCACCACCAGGGGGAGUUUAAUUAGCAUUAACAGCACUUGUACAGAGAUGGGCAAUUUUGACAACACGAAUGUCACUGGAGAAAUAGAGUUUGCUGUUCUUUAUUGCUUCAAAACCCAUUGUUUAGAAAUAUGCGUCAAAGCCUGUAAGAACCUGGCCUAUGGAGAAGAAAAGAAGAAAAAGUGCAAUCCGUAAGUUCUCUUUCUCUUGCUGCCUGACAGGUCCUCCCAGGGGAAACGCAAGACCAGAGUCCAAAAGAACACGGUGGACCCGACCUUUCAGGAGACCUUGAAGUUCCAGGUGGACCCCACUCAGCUGGCAGCACGGCAGCUGCAGGUGUCUGUGUGGCACCUGGGCACGCUUGCCCGGAGGGUGUUUCUUGGAGAAGUGCUCAUUCCUCUGGCCACGUGGGACUUUGAAGACAGCACCACACAGGCUUUCCGCUGGUACCUGCUCCGGCCCAAGGCAGAGAAGUGUGAAAGCAGCAUCCCUCCCAGUAAUGGAGAGCUGGCAGUCAGGGCCAAACUGGUCCUCCCUUCAGGGCCGGACAAGCUCCAGGAGGCUGGAGAAGGAACAGACCAGCCAUCACUUAAUGGUCAACUCUGUCUGGUAGUGCUGGGAGCCAAGAACCUAUCUGUGAGGCCUGAUGGUACCUUGAACUCGUUCGUUAAGGGCUGUCUCACUCUGCCAGACCAACAAAAACUGAGACUGAGGUCGCCAGUCCUGAAGAGGCAAGCCUGUCCCCAGUGGAAGCACUCCUUCGUGUUCCACGGCGUGACCGCGUCUCAGCUGAGGCAGUCCAGCCUGGAACUGACUGUUUGGGACCAGGCCUUCUUUGGUAUGAACGACCGCUUGCUGGGCGGAGCCAGGCUAGGUUCAAAGGAAGACACAGCCGACGGCUCAGACUCAUGCUCCCCAUUGAAGCUCCAGUGGCAAAAAGUGCUCUCCAACCCCAAUCUGUGGACAGACAUGACACUCAUCCUACACUGA